UUCUCUAUUGUUGCAUUGGUUCUGACGCUCGCUUCCUUCACGUUUAUCAAAAGUCGACUGCAAGAAAUCAGUGUGGCUACGUCGCGUUCGGCGAUCAAACGUUGGGACGGUUAUAUCGUUGCUCAAAUCGUCAUAUGGACCGCAACAUGCGUGCUACACGGGUUCCUUUUUUCGACACCACUAUGGCGGAACCGAUCCGAAGAAGUCCUCCGAGCUAUUCCUUAUCCCCGCGACUCAAUCAUGUCCGAAGUUCGAAAAUCGGAGCAGACUACGAGCAUGCACAAUUUCGAACCUACGCAACCUUCCUCUCCACUGGCGUCAAUGCCUGCUUCGGGACAAUCAUCGCAAUCUCUUAAGAAUUGGAAGGGCUCGCUUCAUGAGGUCGUACGACCAAUGACGUCCCGCACAAAGCUCGUCAGCCGCUCCUCAUACAGUCGGGACUCCCAAAGCAUCUGCUCGGACUCCAACUCUAUGGACAAUAUUUCCCACUCCGAUGGCUUCGACUCAUGGGACACAAGCAGCGUUUCUAUUCAGGCACGGGAAGUGGUAGCUCAAACCGCACCCUCGAGGCGCACCGUUCUAGAACCGAUUCCAGGGAGCCGACCGGCCUCUCCGGCUCAAGCACUCGACGGUCCUUUUCCUCUGGAGAUGCAUCUUGAUGAAGAUGGCAUCCUUGCCCCACCUCCCAAACUAUUACCGGAUAUUUCACGCCCCCCGAGCCCUGUGGUGAAUGAAGGACAUAUCCACCCGUUGUUCCGCUCUGAGAGUCCUCAUCCACCAGAAGUUCUGACCCCGGGAACGAGCAUCGAGGCGUCUCCUCUUAGCACGCAGAUGUUGGCAAUGGCUUCCCGGCCAUACAAUCACAUGCGGUCCCACAGUCAGACGGGUAGCCCCAGCAUGCGGAACCAGAGCUUCCGGGGGCGGGCUGUGAGCGCUGAGAGAUCACGGAGUUCAUCGCCUCCUAGCCGAGAGAUGACUCCACCAAUUCCUGACUUUGUGCUGAACCCUUCCGCUAGGAGCAGCACGAGC